GAUUAACCCUUCUCUUAUCUGGAGGUGUUAGUAAUCAGCAAUAACAAGUACUGAAUCCUCAAUGGAAUAGGAUUUGUUCACAUACGUGCACCAUGUCCCAUGACACUUAAAUAACACGCUGGACUUCCAUGCUUAAAACUCUGUUGCAAGUUGGCAGUCAACUUACAACGAUUUGCCCCUUUUGCUUCUACAAUCUUUAAGAGGGACGUUAUAAUAAAGCAUUCGAGAAGGCUUGUUGUCGAUCUCAUUUUCUACAGAAAAGAGGUUGUUGCACUAUCAAUUCUUGCUGAUCGACAAGAAGCACUUGGUUAACUCAUCGUCGUUUCCCAACAUCACUUGCUGCCAUGAUCAACAUGCGAUAGAUGCCAUCAAAUUGCCUCGUUUUCAUUCAUAACUUUUGGUGCAAAGUAGGCCUACUUUCAUCCACUCCACGAGUUCGUGACUGUUUUGGUGUUUCAGGAUGAAGGCGGCUGAUCCUGUAAGGUCAACAUGUGAAAGAGACUUUGUUGUAUCUGCUUUGCAAAGGGAAGUUCGUCAGGAUGGUCGAAAAUUUCAUGACUAUCGACAGUUAAAGAUUGCAUUUGGAGAGAGUUUUGGUCAUUGUGAAGUGUGCAUUGGUAGAACAAGGGCUUUGGCACAAGUUUCAUGUGAAGUUGUAGAACCAAAUGAAAGCAGGCCGAAGGAGGGCCUACUAUUUGUCAACAUUGAUCUAUCACCCAUGGCAUCACCUGCAUUUGAAACUGGGAGGCCUUCAAACGAAGCCAUAGAUCUAAAUCGUUUUGCUGAAAGAUGCCUGAAAGAAUCAAAGGCAAUUGAUACCGAAUCACUGUGUAUCAUUGCAGGAGAGAAGGUAUGGUGUAUACGGGUUGACAUUCAAGUUCUUGAUGACACAGGAAAUAUUUUAGACUGUGCUUGUUUGUCUGCAAUAGCAGCGUUACGCCAUUUCAGACUUCCUGUUGUGACAAUAAUGGGAAAAGAUAUAGAAAUCCAUUCUUUUGACGACAAAGAGCCUGUACCGCUGGGUGUCUAUCAUAUGCCAAUAUGUAUCACACUCGGAUUCCUGGAGUUCAGUGAAAAGCCGCUACUUGAUCCAACUGAACUAGAAGAAUUUGUUCUGGAUGGAAAGAUGAUGAUAGCAAUGAACUCGUACAUGGAAAUCUGUUGCGCCAAAAUGUGUGGUGUUUCGAUAGAUCCAGAGAAGGUUAUAAUGUGUUGUCGAAUAGCUUCCUCAAAAGUCAAAGAGAUAACUGCAAAGAUCAAGAAAAGUUUAGAAAACGAUAACGAAAAGCGAUUUCCAAAGAAAGAGUCAGUAAAAGUGCACAGAGUUGGAGACAACGAUGAGAAAAAUAUUCUAAAAACAGUGGCAGAACCUUCAAAAAUAGACUUGACUGAAGUCGUCAAAGCAGCUUCAGAAAACGUGCAUAUGAAGCCGACAACCCCUAUCGACCCAUCCAAGAUAUCAAUACAGCGAUCUAAAAUUGCAACAGUUGGAAAUGGAGGUACAAAUGCAUGGGUAAUCAGUGAUGAUGACAGCGAAGACAUGGAGGUUGUCAGUAAAAGGCGGGAAGAAAAAUCAUCAGAUUCUGUUGAGACAAUAACGAUUGAUGACGAUAGUGAAGAAGAAGAGACAGUGCAGUUAACUGUGAACGAUUUGGACUAUCAAAAUAGCAGCCCCAUGCAAAUAAAGGCAGAAAACAACACCCCUUCGAUUCCGAUUGAAAGCGACUCAACUAAAACCGUGGCUGAAAAUUCGAACAAUCUUUUGAAACGAAAGAAGAAGAAAAAGAGAAAAAAUGCCAAGUCUAUUUCAUCAUAAAUAUUUGUAAGAUUUUUUAUUUUUGUCAAUAUGUAAUAUUUUUAUUGCAUAAAGCCAAAGUAAGAUAGGA